GCAGUCUACCUCAUCGACUAAAACCGCGCAAAAGAGUUCAUCAUAAAUGAAAGAAUGCCAGGCUCCACUGCGUACCGUGCGGGAUGGGCGCGGAGUAAGUCACGGCCGCGAGGGCGAACAACACCAGUAGAAGAUUGAAGCGUCACUCGGAAGAAACCACAGAUGAAGAAUGUCGAGCUCGCUCUUCGUCUCAUCGGACGUCGAGCGGCCAGGCGGGUCGCGCCUUCACUACGCGAUAAGACAGAUAUCUUACACAUACCGCACAAGGACCCUGAAAAUUCGAAUUGGCUGCCAAGCACCCGCACGAUGCAUAUGGCCACUCCACGAGGCAAGGCAACACCUCGGGCUAUGCCUUUCUUGGCUCGGAGAACGUUGUUGCGCGUGCGUGUCAUUAGCGCGCGAGCUCCGUCUGACCGCAUCUCCCGCUGUUGUCGGCAGAUGGUCUUCGCUUGCUACUACAAGCCAGACCAUUUCAGAAUCGGAAGAUGCUUAGAUCGGCUGGCAUGGGAAUAUGCAUUCGUUGAGCUUGCGGGAUACGCGUAUCAACCUCCCGAGAUAACGUCGAGGCCAGGGUCAGUCGGCAUAGAGGACAUAAGCCCCGUUGCGCGGCAAAUCGAGCACGGCCAGUGAUUCCAGGUAUUCCACUUGAACCAGACUUGCGAACCGCAUCGCGCACCGAUCGUCAUGAAGCCAGCCUACGUCUCCCUUCCCAGCUCCUCGCAGGACGACUCCGAAGACAAGCCGCUCGUCGGCUCCCCAGACGUGGAGGAGUACUUGUCCGCACACAGCACCUCACCGCGCCUGGCGAUCUUGAUCUACGUUCUAUGCGCCAUGACCAUCCUCGUCGCCGUCAUCAACUUUAUCGUGCUCGUCGAUUUGCGCAGGUUCAAGCUGGA